CCUAUGGAGCUUUUAACACAACGAGCAAUUGCUAUCCAAUUGAAAUCAUUAAAUAUAGAUUUCACCGACAGUGCAUUAGAGGAUUUAUUUGAUUUGGUAACAACAUAUAUGCAUGGGCUACUAGAAGGUUUACAAAAAAUUACUCAAACACAAAGAAGGUCCAAAGCGUCGCCGAAAGAUUUAAAGUUGUUGUUACGAGAACACAAUAUAUCAACAGGUGAAUUAGAAGAUGAGUUCAUACGUUACAAGAAAGAUAGCUCUGAAAUCUUGAAUGCUAAGAAAGAAUUGGAAACUGCUGCAAAGGAAACUUUCGAAAAUACAACAGAUGACAUUGAUCCUCAAGAUCCAUCCUUUGUAUUCUUUGCAGUUGAUCAAGAUUUGACCAAAUUAAUCCCACCACAACACAAAAGAAUCAAGUCCAUACCCCGUUGGCUUCCAGAAUUCCCACCUGAUCAUACAUAUAGAAGAACACCAAAGUAUUUGGAUAGACUCACGGACCAAAAAGUGGUUAGACAGAAAGUUGUUGAAGAGAGUAAACUCGGAGAACAAGCCUUGGAAAACUUGAUCAAA